CCAAGACUUUCUUAGUGAAAGAAUUAACGUCUAGAGUUUUUGUCUAUCAAGUCGGUAUAGCAGGAUUGUUUACUAAUAUUUCCCUGCUUAUGUUUGCUGGUUUCCUUGUUGCUCUGCACAUGUUCUGAUCAUUCUACAUUUCUGUUUCCUCUUUUUCUUGGUUGAAGUUGUAACGAGGUCUAAGUGCUAACUCAGAGGUGGUCCUGAUUCUCAACAAGUUAUCACACUGAAAGCAGCAUGUUGUGCUACUGCCAGCUUGAGUAUGGCUUCAUUAAACGCUAGACAGCAAUACCAAGAUGUACCAAAAACGGUACCUGACCACCCUAUCAUUCACAGCAAGGUUUUACCCCUUUUCUAAGCUGUCAUGUGCUUGAUAAAAAUGCAAUCAUUCAGGGCCCCUGCAUUCUUUUCUGGGUACUCUGGUCAUAAUCAUCUACUUUGAACGCGGAGAGAGUCUUACAAGAGUUGUUAUGAUUGCCAAUACAAAAAGAAUAUUUGCUUUCAAACCAGCAUAUGGGUUUAAAAUGAAGUCUCAGCAGAUUCACUCUGGGCUUCUAUCCCCUUUGCGUGACGGUGCUGUCAUCACACGUGCCUGUGCUGGUUUCUGUUUGCUGUUGAAACUAGGAUCACAUGCGAGGUUGUUGCAUAGCGAGAGUUUGGUCCCUUAUUUAAAGAGCCAAUUCUUCCUGCUUGGAAAUGCCAAUAAAUGUAAAUACUACAUUGAUUCUCAGUACUGCUCCUCAUCCCAAUCUUCCUCCUCUUUCUUCUCCACCAUUCGUUGUCUUUUAAGCUACCGAGAAAUGGCUAAAAUCAUUUUUGCAUCAGCAAUCUUGCUUGGACUCUGCUAUCUUGCUACCAGCGUGAAUGCCUUCUCGGCCUCUGGGUGGACUAAAGCUCAUGCCACAUUUUAUGGAGGCAGCGAUGCCUCGGGAACUAUGGGGGGAGCUUGUGGAUAUGGAAACUUGUAUGCCACUGGCUAUGGAACAAGAACUGCUGCUUUAAGUACUGCCUUGUUCAAUGAUGGAGCUUCAUGUGGACAGUGCUACAAGAUCAUGUGUGAUUAUCAAACAGACCCCAGAUGGUGCAUAAAAGGAGCAUCUGUGACCAUUACAGCUACAAACUUUUGCCCUCCCAACGUUGCUCUUCCAAACAAUGCCGGAGGCUGGUGCAACCCUCCUCUCCAGCAUUUUGAUAUGGCUCAGCCUGCCUGGGAAAAGAUCGGCAUCUACAGAGGCGGAAUUGUGCCUGUUAUCUUCCAAAGGGUUCCAUGCAAGAAGCAUGGUGGAGUAAGGUUCACCAUCAACGGUAGAGACUACUUUGAGCUUGUAUUGAUCAGCAAUGUGGGAGGAGCAGGAUCAAUCCAAUCUGUAUCCAUCAAAGGCUCUAAAACUGGGUGGAUGGCAAUGUCAAGGAACUGGGGAGCUAACUGGCAAUCCAAUGCCUAUCUCAAUGGCCAAUCUUUGUCGUUCAAGGUCACCACCACUGAUGGAGUGACUCGACUAUUCCCUGACGUUGUGCCAGCAAAUUGGGGUUUCGGCCAGAGUUUCUCUAGCAAUCUUCAAUUCUAAGUUACUAAAAGCUUUGGAGUUCAGGAUUCUGGGUUUUUAGUUCCCGGCAGAGGCGUGCUUAUAUUUUACAAAAAAAGCUGCCCGCCAUACAUUUCUUAAGAUAUACCAGAUGAGAUGGUUAAACUCACACGGCUACUUUUCUGUUCUCUGGGUGGUGGUUCAGAUGGAAGUGAAUCCUUGAACUCAAAGCCGCUACAUUACUUUUUGUGCUUUCGAUACAAGAAAUUCGGACGAUGUUUGGAAUUAUUCUAAGAUCAUAUCAAUAAGAAGCGCAAGAAAAGAAAAAACUUGCAGCUUCAGCUUAUGUAAAUUUUGUUUUCACAAAUUUAUAUGUUUGUAAUAGGAGUUGUUGCUUGAUCGUUCUACCCAUUUUUCAUUCCAAUUGAAUAAAGCAACCGACAAACCUUCUGUCAUUUACCCCAACAAGGUU